AUGACGCCUCACUGGAAGGACUCCGACGGCGGCCUUCCCACCGCCCUUUUGCACAACCUCACGAGAAAUAAGCGCCGGGCGUUCCUGCUCUUAUCAUCCCUCCUCAACCUCGCUGCCUUAAUCCCAGCCAUUGCUGCCAAAUGCUCCUCCCCCACCAGCACCUUCGGGGCAGACGCCAUCCUCCACAACUCCUGCGCCGGCACCCGCUACCCUGCCCUCUGCCGCUCCGCCAUCUCUUCAUCCCCUUCACUCCUUGCCUCCAUCUCCUCCCACACCGACGUCAUCCUCGCCUCCCUCAACCUCACCCACUCCGCGGUCCACCGCUCCAUUCUCCACGUCCAUAGCUUAUCCGCCCGACCCAACCUCACCCUUCGCGAUCGCACUGCGCUCGGCGACUGCCUCGACAUGUACGACGACUCGCUCGACGAGCUCCGAGACGCCGCCACCCACCUCCGCUGCCUCGCCGUCGCAGCAGCCCCUUCCGCCUCCUCCUCCUCCAAUAUACCGGACUCCCUCUUGGUCGACCUGGAGAUCCUGGUGUCCGCCGCCAUGACGAACCAGGAGUCCUGCCUCGACGGCUUCUCCCACAGCCAGAACGACCGCCGCCUCCGCCAGAGCCUCGUCGCCGAGCUCACCCACGUGACGCACAUGUGUAGCAACGCGCUCAGAAUGAUCAAGAACCUCUCCGUCAAUGGCGGUGGCUGGAGGCGGAGGACGAUGGGGCGGAACAGGGAGGCGUGGCCGGAAUGGAUGAGAAAGGCCGACAGGCGGCGGAUGGAGUCAGAGGAACUAGCGGCUGACGCGGUGGUGGCAGGGGACGGAAGCGGAGACUAUAGAACGGUGCAGGAGGCGGUAGAGGCGGCGCCGGAGAAAAGCAAGAAGCGGCACGUGAUAAGAAUCAAAGCGGGGACGUACGUGGAGAAUGUGGAGGUGCCGAAGAAGAAGAAGAAUUUGAUGUUCGUCGGUGAUGGGAGGAAGACGACGGUGAUAACCGGAAACAGUAACGUGAAGGACGGCUGUACAACUUUCCGGUCGGCCACGUUAGCUGUGGUGGGGAAUGGCUUUUUGGCCCGUGGAUUGCGUAUCGAGAACACGGCCGGCCCGUCGAAGGACCAGGCGGUGGCGCUCCGCGUCGUCGCAGACCUCUCCGCCUUCUACGAAUGCGACAUCGUCGGCCAUCAGGACACGCUCUACGUGCACUCGCACCGCCAGUUCUUCCGCAGCUGCCUCGUCCAGGGCACCGUCGACUUUAUCUUCGGCAGCGCAGCCGCCGUCUUCCAGGAUUGCGACAUCCAAGCGCGCAGACCCGACCCCGGUCAAAAGAACAUGAUCACGGCCUCCGGGCGCAAUGACCCAGACUUUCCCACCGGAAUCAUCAUCCACCGUUCCCGCAUUGCCGCGGCACCCGACCUCGCCCCCGUCGCCGCCUCCUUCAAGACCUACCUCGGCCGCCCCUGGAAGAUGUACUCCAGGACUGUUGUUCUAGAGUCGGAGAUCAGCGACGUGAUCGAGGCCGAGGGUUGGCACGAGUGGAACGGGUCCUUCGCGCUCGACACGUUAUACUUCGGGGAGUUCCGGAACACCGGUCCCGGCGCCGUCACCGGAGGCCGAGUAAAGUGGAAGGGGCACAGAGUGAUCAGCAACGUCAGCGAGGCGGAGGAGUUCACUCCGGGGAGCUUUAUCGCUGGCGCCGACUGGCUGAAGGCCACGGGCUUCCCCUUCUCCCUGGGAUUGAGCACGAAUCAAUAAUCAUUAU